AUGUUGAAGCUACUAUUACCAACUAUUCGACAGAAUGGGAUUAGAAAUUAUUCUAAAUUACCUAACAAGUCAACUACUUUAGCCAAAUUUGAUUUCCCAUUAGCGACUCAUACUAUCAAAUCCAUCAACUCCAAUAUCGAUAAAUUUUUAAAUAAACAACAAACUAAAGUAACAUUAAAUGGACAUAUUAAUAGAAAGUCAAGAAUCAGACCAGCUUUAGGAUUUGGAUUUUUAAGAGAUAUAAAUGGUGAUGAAAUUCAAUUAUUAGCUACACCUGAAUUCACCAAUGAAUCAAUAUUUGAAUUAAUGAAAAGAUUAACUGUUGAAGAUUCAGUUAGUGUAAGUGGAUUUAUUCAACAAAAACAAAGUAAAAAUGGUAAAACUGAAUUAGAACUUGUUGUUGAAAAUUUUCAAAUUUUAAAUUCUUCUAAUUUAGAUGCUUCUAGAUUAGAUAAAUUAAAACAUAAUAAUCCAGAAGAUAUUCCACCUCAAUUUAGAUAUUUACAAUUAAGAACUCCAUAUUAUCAAAAAUCAUUAAGAUUAAGAAGUCAAGCAGCUCAAUUAAUUAGAGAAAUUUUCACUAAAAAUCAUGGUUUUGUUGAAAUUGAAACUCCAUUAUUAUUUAAAUCAACUCCUGAAGGAGCUCGUGAGUUUUUAGUACCUACAAGAUCAUUUAAUAAAUUUUAUGCAUUACCUCAAUCUCCUCAACAAUAUAAACAAAUCUUAAUGAGUUCAGGUAUUACGAGAUAUUUCCAAAUUGCUAAAUGUUUUAGGGAUGAAGAUUUAAGAUCUGAUAGACAACCGGAAUUUACUCAAAUUGAUUUGGAAAUGAGUUUUAUUAAUAAUUCUGACCAAGUUGGUAUUGUUGUUGAAGAUGUAGUUCAUAAUGUUUGGAAUAAAAUUGGUGGUAAACCAACUUAUAAAGUCAAUCAAGAUGGUUAUUUGGAAGAAAUUACCCAUGAAAUGGGAACUAACACGUUGCAAUUUAAUAAAUUAAAUUAUAUUGAUGCUUUGACCAAAUAUGGUAUUGAUAAACCUGAUUUAAGAUCUAGUUUAACUUUCACCAGUCUUGAAGAUUUCUUUUUUGCUAAAGAAAAUGACGAAUUUCCUGUGGUUGAAAUUUCCAUCUUGAAACAAGCAUUUAAACCUGGUGCAAAGAAAUAUAAAUUGCCAAAAUCGUUCACUGAUGAUCACAAUUUCCCUGCUAGACGACCAUACAUCUGGGCAGUUAACAAACCUGAUGAUGCAACUAUUUGGUAUAAAAAAUUAAUGGAAGCCAAUGUCAUUGCUCCAACAAAUGCAUUCGAUGAAACGAAAUUACAAAACUUGUUAAAUUUACAACCUGGUGAUGUUUUUGCAGUUUCUACAAGGUCGAAAUUUCCUUAUGAAAAUCCAACUCCAUUGGGUAAAUUCAGACAAUUAGCGAUUAAAGAAUUUCCAACUAAAUGGCAACGCCCAAUUCUCAAAGACGGUCAAUUAACUAGUGAUCAUAAUAUUGAUGAUGUUGUUGUUGGAUCAUGGGUAGUUAAUUUCCCUUUAUUUAAUCCAGUUGAAAUUUCUGAUUCACCAGAUAAUGAAACCACGAUUAAAUAUCCAAAAUAUGAUUAUAAUAAAUUUGAAUCUACUCAUCAUCCAUUCACUAUGGCUAAAAUUGAAGAUUAUGAAUUAUUAGAAUCUGAUCCUUUGAAAGUUAGAGGUGAACAUUAUGAUUUGGUUAUAAAUGGUGUUGAAGUUGGUGGUGGUUCAAGAAGAAUUCAUGAUCCUGAUUUACAACAAUAUAUUUUUGAAGAAAUUUUACAAAUUUCAAAUUUUCAAGAAUUAUUUGGUCAUUUAUUGAAAGCUUUAAGUAUGGGAUGUCCACCUCAUGCUGGAUUGGCUUUAGGUUUUGAUAGAUUAUGUGCCAUGUUGAUUGGUUCAAAUAGUAUUCGUGAUGUUAUUGCUUUCCCUAAAAACCAAUCAGGUGUUGAUCCAGUUGUUGAGAGUCCAACUGGUGUUAAAGAACAAACUUUGAAUGAAUACUACAUCACCACCAAAAAAUAG